ACGGCCUUGAGCCCGCCGAGGACCCCUUCGUCACAGCCGGGAUCCGGGCGAAGGCGCGGUGUGUAUAUAAGUUGGCUGCGGGCUGCGUCUCCCAAUACAUAUUAUCAAUAUUGAAAUCAUACCGAGCUUGGCUGUUGCUUGACCCGCCCACCAGACAGACCCCUUCCACCGCCAGUGUUGUCUUCAUUCCGAGACGCCGUGAACAAAGACGAGAUGCCGCAGCAAAGGGUCGAGAGCGAGAGGGUUGACCCUUCACCCCUCGGGCAGCCACUGAAGUUCGAGUUCAGCGGUAAGACGGCCAAGAACCGCUUCCUCAAGGCCGCCAUGACGGAGCGCCUGUCGUCCUGGGACCCCAAGGACCUUUCCAAGCGCGGCGUGCCGACGCCCGAGCUCGCCAACGUCUACCGCCGGUGGGGCGAGGGCGGCUUCGGCGUCAUCCUCAACGGCAACAUCAUGAUCGCACCCGACCAGCUGGAGGGCCCCGGCAACGCCAUCAUCACGGCCGGCGCGCCCUUCUCGGGCGAGCGCUUCGAGGCCUUCAGGGAGGUGGCGACGCAGGCCAAGAAGCACGGGAGCCUGUUCAUCGCCCAGGUGUCGCACCCGGGUCGCCAGGUCUGGGACCGCGUCAACCCGGCACCCAUCAGCGCCAGCGACGUCCAGCUCACGGGCAAGGCGAUGGGCCUGACAUUUGCCAAGCCGAGGCCCAUGGAGAAGAAGGACUUUGACGAGGUCAUCGGCGGCUUCGCCCACGCGGCCGAGUACCUGUACAAGGCUGGCUACGAUGGCGUCGAGCUGCACGGCGCCCACGGCUAUCUUCUGGCACAGUUCCUGUCCCCGACCACCAACAAGCGCACCGACCAGUACGGCGGCUCGUUGGAGAAUCGGUCCCGCAUCAUCUUCGAGAUCGCCGACGCGAUCCGGGCGCGGGUUCCGGACCCGGCCUUCUCGCUAAGCAUCAAGCUCAACAGCGUCGAGUUCCAGGACGGCGGCUUCGCGCCCGAGGACUGCAAAGCCCUGUGCGCGGCGCUAGACAAGCACGGCUUCGACUUCGUCGAGCUCUCGGGCGGCACGUACGGGGCCAACGGCUUCAAGCACCACCGCGAGUCCAGCAAGAAGCGCGAGGCCUUCUUCCUCGACUUCGCCGACGCCAUCGCGCCCGAGCUGACGAGGACCAAGUGCUACGUCACGGGCGGGCUGCGCUCCGUCGCCGGCAUGGUCAGGUCCCUGGACACGGUGCACGGCAUCGGCCUGGGCCGCCCCGUCACGCACGACUUUGACCUGCCGGCCAAGAUCCUGGCCGGCACCGUCCUGGGCGCCCUCGCUAUCAAGUUCGACGAGGAGGACAUGCGGCUCAGCGUGGCCGCGUCGGGUCUGCAGAUCAGGCUGGUCGGCAGGGACAAGCAGCCCCUGGACCUGAGCGACGACAGGCACAUGGGCAUCCUCUACGCAAGUCUUGCAAAGUUUGCGCAGGAAAUGGCCGACAACGCGGAAAACUCCAAGUUUGGCUUCGCUGAUCCGGUUGGGCUGGAGGUGCAACCGUAUGGCACUCUGUAUAAUUUAGAGUUUACUUCUAACCGGCUCUAGGACUUGGGAAAAACGCGGCUACUGGGAUUGUACCUUUUUGCGCGCGCGUGGGAUUAAUUUGCAAUUUAAAUCCUUUUAUAAAAGUGGUUAUUGGAGGUGCAGAUACCACUUUUAUUUAACCUCCCGUUUAGUUGCGGGUUAAAUGUGCGUGGGGCGGGCACCCUCUAGUAGAUAUGGUAGCUCGACACACUAGAAUCGAUGCCUUUGUGUAGAUCGGAUAUAAUGAGGAGACAAUCUCACCCUUCACGUAUGCGCAGCUACAAUGCUAAUUCCCUCCCGGCUAGACUUGCAAAUAAACGGCAUCUGUGUUGCCAGGCUUCAUUGUGUAAGGGUAUGUGCGC